AUGAAUCUCUCCACAAAUGAUAUUCCGGGCUCAGAUUUGGGGCAACCUGUUUUCAUCUUCUUCAUUCUUCUUACCCUGAUUUCUCCCUUGAUCAAGUCUCUCUCCUUUAUUAUACUAAAUUUCAAAGCUCUGUUGAACAACUUUGGAACAAUGACCGUGGGUGGACAAGACAACCGCGAAGCCCCAGACUUGGAGGCCGAGAAUGCCAAGGAGGCCGGCGAACUAGAGCACCAGGAAAUCCAAGACGCGUUGAACCCGCCAAAGCUUGACCGACACGGCUUGCCACUAGUUCCUCAGCCAUCGGACCACGGAGAUGACCCCCUUAACUGGUCUUUCCCGGCAAAGCUGGUAGUGCUCCUCCAGAUCUCGGUGCUGGCCUUGAUAGGGAACAUGUCUGCAGCCGUCAUCAACCCGGCAUUCGUUCCACUUGGCAAGGCCUUCUCCAUCACAACAGUCGAGGCGUCCUAUGAGCUCACAGUCUAUGUGAUCUUCGCCGGUGUCGGGCCCUUGUUCAUCAUGCCUCUUUCCAACACUCUUGGCCGCCGACCGAUCUAUCUUUUCGGAAACCUCCUCGCCGCAAGCACAAACAUUGCCGCUGGCUAUUGUACGACGUGGUCUGGGCUGCUAGCAACCCGGGUAUUCAACGGAAUCGGGGCUGGUAGCACAGUUGCUAUGGGCGCGGCCACGAUUUGCGAUCUGUACUUCCUCCACGAGAGAGGGCUUUACAUGGGUGUCUAUACCUUUUUCCUGACUAAUGGACCUCAUGUUGCACCUCUUGUAGGUGGCUUCGUCGCCCAGCGUCUCGGGUGGAGGCAGUGCUUCAGGAUCCCCUCCUAUGUGCAGUUCGCCAUCUUUGCACUCAACCUUCUGUGUCUCCCGGAAACGCUUUACUCAAGGGCAGAAACAGCCCCAGGGGAGGUGUACAAGAGCAACAGCUAUCUCAACCUGAUAUCCUUCAGCUCUCACCACAUGCCAAAGCGCAACGUCAACAUUCGAGACUGGGGCAAGCCCUUCAAGAUGCUCAACUACGGCACGGUCAUCUUCGCAGCUACUGGCUCGCAUGUCUUCCGCGAGAAGUACGGCUUCAGCGUGGAGACUACGGGACUUAUGCUCUCUGUACCUCUGCUUAUCGGGUGUCUGAUCGGCGAGUUCAACGCCGGUUGGUUCACGGACUGGCUCGUCUAUCGACACGCGAAGAAGCACAACGGUGAACGCUCGCCGGAGGCACGGCUUGACGCUCUGUGGCUCGCGCUGCUUCUUCCCAUUGGCCUCAUCAUUCAGGGGGUCUGCAUCAGCCAUCACGAAACGACUGGCUGGGUUGGCAAUGCUUUCGGCAUGGGCAUCGCAUCCUUUGGUCUGCAGGUUGCGACCACUUGUGUUUACUCUUAUACCACCGAUUGCUACAAGCCUCAAAGCUCAGAAAUCUCCAGUUUGUUGAACCUCUUCCGAUCCAUCUUCAGCGCCUUUAUCAGCUUCUAUGCGGUCCCGUUGGCCGACAAGAUUCAGUUUCAGUACGCAUGGCUGGUACUAGCGAUGAUCAAUAUUGCUUUCCUACUCCCUCUAGCCAUGCUACGCUUGCACGGCAAGAGGAUACGCCAGACCGUCUGGCAAGCACCUCCAGAGUUUAACAGAGACCUGUGA